AUGUCAUGGCACUUUGCUGCUGUGAUUUGCAUGGCAAUCCUCGCUAGGCUAGUUUUGUUACUGGCGGUGAUGCUUCGAGGGUCUGAUGAUAAAACUGAAACACAAACUUUAGAUUCCUCGGAAGCUCUCAGGUCAAGAGGCCUGAAGGAUGAUACAACCUGCCUAGUUGUUGAUAUUAGUCCAUUUGAUCACCCAGCUUUGCCCCCAACACCUAGGAAGAAACCACCUCUGUUCAGUUCAAUUAUGUUUGGGAAGAGAUCUCGUAAUGCUGUGAACAAAGCAACAAAGCUUUCUGCUUGCAGAAAUUGUGAGCAUGCUGGUUUUGUUUGCGGUGGUUAUUGUUCAGGGUAUAAAACCACAUCUGUGGUGUCAAAGGAUGGGAGUGGAGACUAUCGCAGCAUCUCAAAAGCCGUUUCUGCAAUACCUAAUUCAGCUUCGGCCACAUACAUCAUUCACAUCAAGCGGGGAAUUUACAACGAAGCAGUAGAUGUGGGUAUGCAUAAGAACAGUGUCGUGUUCUUGGGAGAUGGAAUUGACCACACCAUAAUACAGUUCAAUAAGAGUACUUCCACUGGUAUUGGGACAGACGAAUCGGCCACUGUCAAUAUAGAAGCACAACAUUUUGUUGCAAAAGACAUCAGCUUUGUGAAUUCCGCCGGAGUCAAUGCCGGACAGGCAGUUGCUGUGAGAAGUGUAGGCUUAAAUCAUGCAUUCUAUAGGUGUAGUUUCAAAGGAUACCAGGACACUUUGUUUAUGAUUUCCGGCAGGAAAUUUUUCUACAAAUGCAACAUCUUUGGAACCCUAGACUUCAUCUUUGGUGACGCAGGCAUCAUGUUCCAGAAUUGCAACAUAUACGGGAGAAAUCCAGAGAAUGAAGGAUUGCCCAUUAUUGUUACAGCUGAAUCAAGGGGUAUAGCGAACAGUGAAUUUUCGACAUGCACUCUGUGCACUUAUCGUCGUUCUGAAGCAGAAUCUUUAAUGUAUACUGUAAUUAGAUAUGGGUCCCACUCAACUGACACUUAG